CACCCUCCCCAGUUCGUAUCGCGAUUUGGAUAGCCAAACAAUCGAACAUAUCUUAUUAUCUAUGAUCUAUUCAACCAAAGAUGAAUUUUUGCCCAAUAAAGAUUUAUAGAUUUUAAAAUUGUUUGGUGAAUCGUUGCUAAAAGUUAAUUUUAUUUGACCGUGGGGGGACGGGGAUUAGUAUCAUUGGGUGCUUUCUUUUGGCAAAACAUCCCCACGUAUAAUUUUCAUAAAUAACAGAAUUGAAGACAACUCUCUAGAAAGUAUGGCAGGAGAGGGAGGACGAUUAUGGGGUGGUCGUUUUACUGGAAAAACUGACCCUGUCAUGGAAUCAUUCAAUGCAUCAAUAACAUUCGAUAAGCGUUUGUUUUCUGUUGAUAUUGAGGGAAGCAUAGCUUAUGUCAAGGCUUUGGAAAAAGUUAAGAUUGUCAGCAAUGAUGAGAUGACUUCAAUUAUCAAAGGACUUGAAAUGAUCAAGGAAGAGUGGUUGAGUGGUGUGUUUAAGCUGCAACCUGGUGAUGAAGAUAUUCAUACUGCCAAUGAAAGAAGACUAAAUGAACUUAUUGGAAAUGUAGCUGGUAAACUACAUACUGGAAGAAGUAGAAAUGAUCAAGCUGCCACUGAUACAAGAUUGUGGUUGAGGGGGAAAAUUAUGAGUCUUAAAGGCCAUUUGAAAGUUUUAAUCAAAGUUUUCGUGGAAAGAGCAAAUCAGGAAAAAGACAUUCUCAUGCCAGGUUACACACACAUGCAGAGAGCUCAACCAAUCCGUUGGAGCCAUUGGUUGCUAAGCUACGCUUGGUCUUUAAAACGCGACUUUGAGAGACUAGAAGAUAUCAGUAAAAGACUGAAUAUUUUACCUUUGGGAAGCGGUGCUUUAGCAGGAAAUCCUUUUAAUAUUGAUCGCAAAUUUCUUGCAGAAGAACUUGGGUUUGACAAUGUUACCAAUAAUAGUCUUGAUGCUACAUCAGACCGAGAUUACGUUGCAGAGUUCAUGUUUUGGGCUUCAUUACUCAUGACUCAUCUAAGUCGCUGGGCUGAAGAUCUAAUUAUUUACAGUACAUCUGAGUUUGGAUAUGUUUUGCUCUCAGAUGCAUACAGCACGGGUAGCAGUUUAAUGCCUCAGAAAAAAAAUCCCGAUAGCCUGGAACUGAUCCGCGGAAAAUCUGGACGUAUAAUUGGUGAUUUCACUGGGUUUUUGGUAACAUUAAAGGGCUUACCCAGUACGUACAACAAGGAUUUGCAGGAAGAUAAAGAAGCUUUAUUUGAUGUUUGUGACACUUUAGAUGGAGUCUUGCAAGUUGCUGCAGGAACACUUUCAACUCUUAAGAUUGAUAAACAAAAAAUGAGCUCUGGUCUUGUGCCAAGCAUGCUCUCUACAGAUCUUGCUUAUUAUCUUGUUCGAAAAGGCGUUCCUUUUCGGGAUGCUCACAGUUUAUCUGGCUGUGCAGUAAAAAUGGCGGAAGACAAGAAGUGUUCAUUGAGUAAAUUGACAUUCGAGGAUCUUGUAAGCAUAAGUCAUGCCUUUGAAGCGGAUGUGAUGAGUGUAUGGAAUUAUCAUGAAAGCGUUGAGCAAUAUCAGUCAACUGGUGGAACAAGCCUUGACUCUGUAUCAAAUCAAAUUGACUUGCUUUUUGACUGGUUGAAUUCGAAAGAAUGAUUAUUCACGUGGAUAAUAGUUUAAUAAUAAUUCUAAAUUUGGAAAAAAGUAUUUGCUCGACGCUUGAAAUAAAACUGAUCACUUAA